GAAGCGCAAAAAAGUUGAAAGUGUCCAGGCUUCUUUCCUUAUUCUAAAGGAAAACUGAAAUACCAAAUUUGUCGUGCUCUCAGCAUUUGAGAAUUUCCUCAAGGACAAGAGCUCCUCAGUGGGUGACAAGAGGUUAUUCAGCUAUUUUACGCCGUAGUGAAGCUGACAGUUGCAGUUGAGGUUGUGCUCUGGUCUGUGACCCCCCCCCCUUCAUUCAAGCGUCCCUGGCAACACAAAGUGUGCUGAGUUUGCCCAGCUCUUUGCCUUUAUAAAAGAUUAUUUAGGAUAUUUAAUAGUAUUUUGAGAUUGGAAGGGGCUGGAAGAUGUCAGAAGAAGGCCGUCGCGGUGCGGAUGAGGGCGCGGAGAAGGGGCCGGGCCAGGCGUACCAGGUCUUCGUGGUGAUGGAGGAUCUGGUGGACAAACUCAAGCUGCUGCAGUAUGAGGACGGGUUCAUCAAAGGCUGGGGCUUCAAACCACUCCCCAGACAUUACUUUGCGAUCCCCACCAACCCUGGUGAACAGUUCUAUGCCUUCACGUCCCUAUGUGCCUGGCUCAUCACCAAGGGUGGGAAACACUUUGACCAACCACAGGAGUACGACGACCCCAACGCAACAAUAUCCAACAUCCUGGAUGAAGUCAGAAGAUUGGGAGGUGCUGUUGACUUCCCGCCCUCCAAGCUGAAGCAGGGCUGCGGGGAACAUGCCGUGUACGUUCUGGACAAGCUUGCUGAUGAGGCCAUGACGUCGACUGGAUUUGCCUGGGAAAAACCUGUUUACCCAGAGGAGGAGAUGGAGGAGGAAACCAUGGUGGAUGAUGAUGCUGAACUCACACUGAACAAGGUGGAAGAUGAGAUGAUGCUGGAUGAUGAUGAUGAGAUUGAGGAGGAAGAGACGUUCCUGGAUUUAGAAGGGCUGAAAAAGCAGUCCAUGAAAAAUGAGUCGGAGGGUUCUAAACCUGUGGAGAUCAUGGAGUCCACCACAGAUGCUGCUGAGUGGAAACUGGAGGUGGAGCGAGUUCUGCCGUCCCUGAAGGUCCACAUCAAGGCUGACAACAAGGACUGGAGAGCCCACUUUGAGCAGAUGUUGCAGCAUCGAGAUGGGAUCGAGCACAGUCUGACAGAGACGAGGGGUCACCUGGACAAGCUGCACCAGGAGAUCACACGCACGCUGGAGAAGAUCGGCUCCAGAGAGAAGUACAUCAACAACCAGCUGGAGAGCUUCCUGCAGGAGUUCAGGGCCAUGCAGGACCAGCUGGCACAGGCUAAGGAGAAGUACAGAGAAGGCAGUGGAGGAGUGACAGAAAGGACCAGGGAACUAGCACUGAUCACAGAGGAGCUGGAACAGGUGAAGUCUGAGAUGGAGGAGAGAGGGACCAGCAUGACAGAUGGAACACCGCUAGUGAAGAUCAAACAGGCGCUGACCCGGCUGAAGACGGAAAUGACCCAGAUGGAUAUCCGCAUGGGCGUGGUGGAACACACCCUCAACCAGGCCAAGCUCAAGGACAAGUCCAACAUGCAGAGGGACAUGAACAAACCUGUGUCUGAUGAGCAAUACUAACAGUGACACCCCAAUGUUCCCACAACUCAACCUUAAUGUUGGUGUCAGAACAUAGGGCUGUCAUUGUACAAACACUACAGGGAAACAUAGUAGAAGAAAAUUUUAUAGUGUUGAUCCAACACUAAGAGUUCACUGACCAUACAAAUCUUUGACUGGCUUCUCCAGUCUCCAUCGGUAUGUGACCUGCUGACCUGCACUCCACAUUCCACAAGUCUGCUGCCAUCCUGGUCCUCUGCUGAGGAAACAUGCAGCACUUCAUGCUGUUUCUCAUUAGGAACCUUUGCCUUUGGCAGGUCAUCUCUGCUUCCCCUAUCUUCUCUAAAGACACUGCUCUCUGUGACUUGUAUCACUUCACAAUGUAGCAAUGCCAAAUUAACUACAGCACUGACAUUGACAAUGCUAGAGCCUAAUUUUCAUCCAACAGUUGAGAAGAACCACCUGUGCACAUCAGUACGAAUGGAUGGACAAUGGCCAGAAUUUUGACAGAACCAACAUAUCUAGUAUCUGUGUGUAAAUACUGUCAUUAAUGUAAUUUGGACCUGUAAAUAUUUGUAUAUUAUCUUUCAGGUUUUUAUUAUCUAUUCCCGUGUGUUUCUGUCUGUCCAAUUGCAAGUUUGGAUUACUAUAGGUGAAAAUUAUUAAAAACUCUCAUUAUUCUGCA